AUGUAAAAUCCUAGUAUCCUGAAUUUGCAAUAAGUGAAAUAGUUUUAAGUUAGAAGACCUUAAAUAACGAAGGGCUCUCCUCUGUUAAAAGGAAACUAAGUUUAGAUAGCAGCAAACAUUCGUAAUUAAAGCCUAUUAAGUGAUUAACCUCAGCACCUAAAAAUAAAGCAACAAGAAGAACAGGAACUAGGUAUGCAUAAUCAAUUCGAGAGAAGAAUACAAAAGCAAAACUAAUUUGAUCUAAAAUAACAAGAUAACAUAUUCUAAUUGAAAUUAAGUAAUGAGCAUCAAUUAAAUUAAUUGAAUAUGCAAUUAAUAAAGAAGAAUAAAAUUCUAAACAAUAGACUUCAAUAAUAAUAUAAAAUAAAUGAAUCCUUUGUGGAAUAAAUAAAUAAACUGCAGGAAACGAAUCAGGCUUAUGAAUUAUAAGUUCAUCAAUUGGAAGAGAAAAUAAAAAAAUAGAAAUCAAAAAAGAAGUAAUUAAAAGAAUAGAUUGAUCAACUCUAAUAGGAAUUGGAUGAGAUGCAAGAAAAGUAUCAAAACAACUCCAAUCAAGAUAUGAACUAAGAGGAUGAUCAAUAACAAUAGUAAUAGAAUCAUAUUCCUCUUACAAGACAACAAUUAUAUUAGUUAAUGCAAUAUCUAUACCAAGGAGAUUAACAAUAGUUAGAACACCUUCACGAAUACUAAGAUCAAGAAAUCGAUCCAGAUGCUAUGACUUAUGAACAACUCUUAGAAUUAGAAGAAUAAAUUGGUAAUGUGCCUAAGGGAUUGACUAAAUAACAAAUUAAGCAAUUGCCAAAAAGAACAUUGAAUUAAGCCAAUAUACCAGAAGACAAAUGUUCAGUAUGCUUAUUCGAAUUUAAGGAAGAAGAGAAGGUGAGAGAAUUGCCUUGCAAACAUAUAUAUCAUUCUAGUUGUAUAAAAAAUUGGCUGUAGAAUAAUAAGCAAUGUCCAUUAUGUAAAACAGAAAUCGAAAUCUAAAUAAAUGAGAGUGAGGAGUAAUUGAAUUAGCAAGAGGAUUAAGAUCUAUAGGAUGAAUAAUAAGAGGAAUAAGAGUAACAGUAGUCAGAGAUAGAAUGAUUCUUGAUAAUCCCAAAUAAUUCAUAUAUAUUUAAUUGAUAAA